CCUGGCUGUGCUCCAGGAUAAACUUCCACAAGGCGAGCAAUAACAUAAAGUCAAGGAAAAGGUCAGGGGAGCCCUUAAAAAGGCCUUCUUGCAUCCUAAGGUGGCUGAAGCCAUUCCACAGCUGUUUGUCCUGCCUGCUUCCACCCAGACACAAUGUGGGUGCUCUUGGCUGUCUUUCUGCUCACCUUGGCCUAUUUAUUUUGGUCCAAGACCAAGCGCUCUGAUGCCAAGUACCCCAGGAGCCUCCCAUCCCUGCCCCUGGUGGGCAGCCUGCUGUUCCUCCCCAGACGUGGCCAGCAGCACGAGAACUUCUUCAAGCUGCAGGAAAAAUAUGGCCCCAUCUAUUCCUUUCGUUUGGGUUCCAAGACUACUGUGAUGAUUGGAAAUCACCAGUUGGCCAGGGAGGUGCUUCUCAAGAAGGGCAAGGAAUUCUCUGGGCGUCCCAAAGUGGCCACUCUAGACAUCCUGUCAGACAACCAAAAGGGCAUUGCCUUUGCCGACCAUGGUGCCCACUGGCAGCUGCAUCGGAAGCUGGCACUGAAUGCCUUUGCCCUGUUCAAGGAUGGCAGCCUGAAGUUAGAGAAGAUCAUUAAUCAGGAAGCCAAUGUGCUGUGUGAUUUCCUGGCCACCCAGCAUGGAGAAUCCAUAGAUCUGUCUGAGCCUCUCUCUCUGGCGGUGACCAACAUAAUCAGCUUUAUCUGCUUCAACUUCUCCUUCAAGAAUGAAGAUCCUGCCCUGAAGGCCAUACAAAAUGCCAGUGGUGGCAUCCUGGAGGUUCUGAGCAAGGAACUUCUCUUAGACAUAUUCCCUGUGCUGAAGAUUUUCCCCAGCAAAGCUAUGGAAAAGAUGAAGGGUUGUGUUCAAACGCGAAAUGAAUUGCUGAAUGAAAUCCUUGAAAAAUGUCAGGAGAACUUCAGCAGUGACUCCAUCACUAACUUGCUGCACAUACUGAUCCAAGCCAAAGUGAAUGCAGACAAUAACAACGCUGGCCCAGACCAGGAUUCAAAGCUGCUUUCAAAUAGACACAUGCUCGCUACCAUAGGGGACAUCUUCGGGGCUGGUGUGGAGACCAGCACCUCUGUGAUAAAGUGGAUCGUGGCCUACCUGCUACACCAUCCUUCAUUGAAGAAGAGGAUCCAGGAUGACAUUGACCAGAAUAUAGGUUUCAGUCGCACCCCAAACAUCAGUGACCGGAACCGCCUUGUCCUGCUGGAGGCGACCAUCCGAGAGGUGCUCCGAAUCCGCCCUGUGGCCCCAACGCUGAUCCCCCACAAAGCUAUCAUUGACUCCAGCAUUGGCGACUUUACCAUUGACAAGGGCACAGACGUUGUGGUCAACCUGUGGGCACUGCAUCACAACGAGAAGGAGUGGCACCAGCCCAACCUGUUCAUGCCCGAGCGCUUCUUGGACCCCACGGGGACGCAACUCAUCUCGCCAUCAUUAAGCUACUUGCCCUUUGGAGCAGGACCCCGCUCCUGCGUAGGUGAGAUGCUAGCCCGCCAGGAGCUCUUCCUCUUCAUGUCCCGGCUGCUGCAGAGGUUCAACCUGGAGAUCCCGGAUGAUGGGAAGCUACCCUGUCUGGAGGGCAAUGCCAGUUUUGUCUUGCAGAUCAAACCUUUCAAGGUGAAGAUCGAGGUGCGCCAGGCCUGGAAGGAAGCCCAGGCUGAGGGUAGCACCUCAUGACUCCACCCUAUGUGACCCCACCCCACAGAAUUAGAGGAGCUCCCCCACCCUCUCCCACCACUCCUUCUUCCUCCCCGCCCACUCUGCCUUCUUUCCCAGCCUGCAGCCCUGGCAGGGAUGCGCAUAAAACAGUUUUUUCUCCAAA